AUGGCUGAUGCUCCUCGUGGACGUGGUGGUUUCGGUGACCGGGGCCGUGGUGACAGAGGUCGAGGCGAUCGUGGCCGUGGACGACGAGGCCCUCGCCGUGGUGGUGCGAAAUCCGAUGAGAAGGAAUGGCAGCCAGUCACCAAGCUGGGCCGUCUCGUGAAGGCUGGAAAGAUUCAAAGCAUGGAACAAAUCUACCUGCACUCUCUCCCCAUCAAGGAGUACCAGAUCGUCGACUGGUUCUUGCCCAAGCUGAAGGAUGAAGUUAUGAAGAUCAAACCUGUCCAGAAGCAGACCCGUGCCGGUCAGCGAACCCGAUUCAAGGCCAUCGUUAUCAUCGGUGACAGCGAAGGUCACGUCGGUCUCGGUAUCAAGACCUCAAAAGAAGUCGCAACCGCCAUCCGUGCUGCCAUCAUCAUUGCCAAACUCUCUGUCCUGCCCAUCCGAAGAGGUUACUGGGGUACCAACCUUGGUGAGCCUCACUCUCUGCCUACUAAGGAGUCCGGAAAGUGCGGUUCCGUCAACGUUCGAUUGAUUCCUGCUCCUCGAGGAACUGGUCUCGUCGCUUCGCCCGCCGUCAAGAGAUUGCUUCAGCUUGCUGGUGUCCAGGAUGCAUACACCUCGUCUUCUGGAAGCACAAAGACGCUGGAGAACACACUCAAGGCUACAUUCGUGGCUGUCAGCAACACAUACGGAUUCCUGACCCCCAACCUGUGGAAGGAGAACAAGCUCGUCAGAAGUCCUUUGGAGGAGUAUGGUGACGUUCUGAGAGAAGGCAAGCGCUACUAG